UUUGUUUAUCAAAUUUAUAUUUACUUUCUAACGGUAAGCAUUCCCUUCCUGCGAAACUACCAACUGGAAAAGGUCUGGUAAUCAUUUGUUAGGCCUAUCUUUCAUAAUAAAGAUAUUAUACGUGCAGCGCACUUUUAAUCUCGGCUUGAACUUUUACUAAAGAAUUUACAAAUAAUAUGGCUAAAGUGGAAGUUAAAGACUUAACUCGCGUUGAAAGGAUAGGUGCCCAUUCCCAUAUUCGGGGAUUAGGUUUGAAUGAUUUAUUAGAGGCUCGUCUUAACUCUGAGGGGAUGGUAGGGCAAGAGGAGGCCAGAAGAGCGGCUGGAAUGAUCUGCGAAAUGAUUAAAGAAGGUAAAAUUGCCGGAAGAGCAGUAUUAAUUGCUGGUCAACCUGGAACAGGAAAAACUGCUAUUGCAAUGGCCAUGGCCCAGAGUCUGGGCCACGAUACUCCCUUCACCUCCAUUUCUGCUAGUGAAAUAUUUUCGUUAGAAAUGAGCAGGACGGAGGCCUUGACCCACGCCUUUAGACGCUCCAUUGGGGUUCGCAUUAAAGAAGAGGCAGAAGUUAUUGAGGGAGAAGUUGUCGAAAUACAGAUUGACAGACCCGUUUGUGGUUCCGGAUCGAAAGUAGGAAAACUUACUAUGAAAACCACCGAAAUGGAAACCAUCUACGACCUUGGGGCAAAGAUGAUCGAGAGCUUAACAAAAGAAAAAGUUCAAGAAGGAGAUGUGAUACACAUCGACAAGCUGACCGGCCGUAUUUCCAAGCUGGGCCGCUCGUUUUCCCGAGCUAGAGACUUCGACGCCACCGCAGCAAACACACGCUUCGUUUCAUGUCCAGAAGGGGAACUUCAAAAACAUAAGGAAGUGGUUCAUACGGUUUCCCUCCACGAGAUUGACGUGAUUAACAGCCGCCACCAAGGGUUCUUGGCCUUAUUUUCUGGGGAGACUGGAGAAAUCAAGCCUGAAGUUCGUGACCAAAUCGAUGCAAAAAUUGCGGAAUGGUGUUUAGAAAAAAAAGCGGAGCUCGUACCCGGCGUGCUUUUUAUAGACGAAGUCCACAUGCUCGAUCUUGAAUGCUUUUCAUUCUUAAACCGCGCCCUUGAAAAUAAAAUGGCGCCCAUCCUCGUCAUGGCCACCAAUCGAGGGAUUACCAAAGUAAGAGGCACCAAUUAUAAGAGCCCGCAUGGAAUGCCGCUGGACCUACUGGAUCGCUUGCUGAUCAUCACCACCAGGCCAUACACUAAUGACGAGAUACGACUCAUCCUUUCUAUUCGCUGCGAAGAAGAAGACGUUAAAAUGGAGAGCGCUGCGCUGGACGUGCUAGCCAAGAUAAGCGCGGAGACAUCUCUGCGGUACGGCAUACAGCUUAUCACGACCGCCAGCAUCAUUUGCUACAGAAGAAAUGACGAGGCUGUCUCGGUGAGCGACGUGGAAAGAGUCUACUCUCUUUUUGUUGAUGAAGCGCGUUCUACGCAGUUUUUAAGGGAGUACCAAAAUGACUUUUUAGGCGACGAGAACGUUUUAGACGGAGACAUGGUUAUGGCCACGCAAUAACUGCAUUGUGUUUAUUAUUGUUCAAAGUAGCUAGUAGUCAUCUCCACGAGUAAGAACUUCUUUGCA